AUAAAGACAGUCUGCUGAAAACCAGUUUAGCUGAAGAUAGCUAAUGUGUUAAAUUAAACAUCGUGAUGUAGACAUGUAGAUUAGUUGGAAUCCAUAAUUUUGACGGGGUUUAUUAUAUUUUGAGUAACAGCUGAUGCUUAUUUGAUUCAUGCAAAAAAUUUUACGUCUGUCGAACAACGAGCACCUUGGGCUAUGCAAUAAAAUUGGUCAAUGGCUUGUUAUCUUUUAUGGCUUGCAAUAAAGUGUUUCAAUCCAUAGUGAAAAUCUAGUUCUAUAAUAGAGAUGGAGAUUGGAAUAAGUCAUGGGUAUUGGAUAUUUCGAAUAGUCUAAUUUAGUGUGAACGUAGGUCAUGUCAUUUAGCAGAAAAUCUGAUGAUCAGCUUGCUCACGAAAGACAAGAUCAAUACGUUCUCACUGUAUUUCUUCCAUUGCUUGCUAUUGCAAUUCUUGCAUGUGCCGGAGGAUGUUGUUACAUGGAACGUCGAAGAAGGCGGAGAAAAAAAAGAAAUGGAGGUAUAGAUCCUGAAGAACUUCGACAACAGCAAGAUUUCGAUGACACGGCAUCAGUAAUAAGCACGGCUUCUACAAGGAAACGUCAUUACCUGAAUCCUACACCAACUACAGGUCGUCUCGUGAGGGGAGUAUCAGUUCGUAGCAAUUACUCUACACUCGGAGAACCUCUGUAUGAAUCGUUCAAGAAAGAAAGGAGUCGCAACUCUACGAGGAAUCCUGAUUAUCGCGACGAACGAGGUCACAGGAAUCAAGAUUUGCCGGAUUAUGAAGAUAGACGUCGACAGCAGAGACCGAAUAGUCGUCCUAGCACUGGUUACGGUGAAAGGCCACUUUCACGCUCUCGUUCGAUGGUAGAUGUACGAUAUGGACAUGAUGACGAUUCCGGUAGCCUACGACGUACGAGGUCGUCCACUAACUUGGAUAAAUAUAGAAACUCAACAGCUGAUUCCGGAUAUCCAGAGAACCAAAGUCUGGAUGAAGCCGAUAACAUGUAUGAGUAUUUGAACGGUAGGGCGGGACAAGAACCACAGGAUAAUACUUCAAACAUAAGAUAUAAUCGGCCGCCUUCUCCGGCACAAUCUGACUGGUCGGUACGCACUGCACCUCCACAAACUGGGUACGAUAAUCACAUGAAACCGUUGUCUAGCAGGCCGUCUUCGCGGCCCUCUUCAAUGGUGGACUUCCCACUUCCACAGGGUGCACGAGAAAGGCGUCCACUUAGUAGAAUGCGGUCUUUGUCACAACCAAAUUUAAAUGCCAUUGGAUCUAAAACAUACCCGCAAGGAAUAUUGAAAAAGGGCCCUCCAAGUGAUGAGGGAAAAUAUCCAGGAAUGUCAAAUCAGACUUCAAAUUCAUCCGACUCGGGUAUAAAAGAUAUUUAUGGCGAAAUUCCUGAUAUGACUGGAAGAUCAUCACGGAUGAGCCAACGUCACACGCUACCAAAUAUGAUGGAUGACAUGUCAAAUUUCAGACCGAGUAGCAGACCCGCAUCAGUAAUGAGCUAUGGAUCCAACGCAAAUCGAAGACAGAGUUAUGAUCCAUAUUUCACACCGAACUACGGUAAUUAUUCUACCGGAAUGACGUCACAUCACCAACACCGACCACAAUCAGUGGGAUAUAAUGAACCUCCUGUAUAUUCUAUUACCGGUAACGGAUACCAUCAACAACAGAUGGGAAUGCAAGAUAUGUAUGGGGGACAUCAGUCACAUCAUGGUCAUAAUUACGAUCCAUAUCAGGUAUACGGUACUGGAUACGGAUGGGGUCAGCAAACACAUCAUCAGGGUCAUCGGUACCGGGCAUCAAUGUAUUAAAAUAAUUCGGCAUCAAACGCCGGAAUGUAUUACUCGGUUCCAUCCAAAACAAAAUAUUGGAAGCCGACGGCCGCACGUCCGCCAUUUGCUUGGAAGUGGAGUAUGUGGAGAGGUCUGUUCACGAAUCCGUACAAAAAUGAAUUUUUGUUCGGUGUAAGUUUGUCGUACCCUGCUUGCUUUAUUGUGACCUUUGUAUAAAGUUUCGAUUUAUUAUUGGCGCAAGCGAGAGUGGUUUUAAUAAUCAAUGUGCAUAGUUUCAUCUAUCUAUUUAUUGAAUUAAAUUUUUAGUUAUAUGUUACCAAGCACUUAUAGACGUUGAAUGCCCUUUUUUUCUUAUUUUGUACCAGCAAGCAAUUUUUAUCAUUAUUUGCAUGCCUUACAAAUCAACUAGAAUAUAUCUGAAGGUUUUUUUGUUCAAUAUAUUGUGCUCAAAAACGCUACUACAAUAAAAUAUUAUUACAAAAAGUUGUCUUCAGUUUUAUGUAAUAUUAAAAAAAUAUAUAUCUUAACUUCCAAACACAUGUAUCAAGUUUCGAGAAAUAUGGAUCAAGUUAAGCAUUAUGUUACGACAGGAGAUAUGUCAGUGUUCACUUGCUGGUUUGCUGAACUGUAA